UGGCACGAAACUCCAGCUGGGGGUCAUGGUCCCAUAUCCAUGACAACCAAGGAGCUCGCCCGCGGCCGCGGCGAGAAUCUUACUGGCGAGAUCAAAAACCCCCUCGUGGGAAUCUCCAAGACUCAGCUAAUGGCUGACGUCGAGGACUUUGCCCACGAGCACCAGCUGACAGAAAUCCUGCCUCUCCUGAAAAAGGGAGCUUUGGUCGCUCAGAGCCCCAAGGAGUUUGAAAGCAUUCAGGAACUGGACGAGAGCGAACGUCAGGCUCUGCGGAUGGAGAUUACUGGUCGCUGGAAGCACCCGUUCAUUCUCUACUACACGAUCAUUCUCAAUUCCAUUGCUGCUGCCGUGCAAGGAUGGGACCAGACUGGAUCCAAUGGCGCCAAUCUGAGCUUCCAGGACGAACUUGGGAUCCCCGAUACCAAGGGCGGCCCUUGUGACAAACUCGGCCCUGGCGUUUGCGAUAGGAACCUCUGGAUUGUUGGACUCGUUAAUUCUGCACCAUACAUUGCUGUUUGGUUGUUUUCCUCCUGGAUUUCGGACCCCUUGAAUCACUGGCUUGGUCGUCGCAGCGUUAUCUUCAUCGGCGCCAUUUUCAGUCUCUUGGCUCCCAUUGGGUCUGGCACUGUUCAGACCUGGACCCAGCUGAUCGCUUGCCGUUGCUUACUUGGGGUCGGGAUGGGACUUAAGGAAGUCACGGUUCCUGUGUACUCCGCUGAGAAUGCCCCUACCAAGAUCCGUGGCGCUCUUGUGAUGUCCUGGCAAAUGUGGACUGCUUUCGGGAUUUUCUUGGGUUACAGCGCAAACCUUGCCGUUGUCAAUACAGGAAGUAUUACAUGGCGUCUGCAAUUGGGUUCGGCCUUCAUUCCUGCAGUCCCUCUCGUGUUUGGCAUCUGGUUCUGCCCGGAGUCUCCUAGAUGGCUCAUGACAAAGAAGAAACACGGCCAAGCCUACCAGUCCCUGCUGCGUUUGAGGAACACUCCGCUUCAGGCCGCGCGCGACCUUUACUACAUCCAUGCCCAGCUGGUUCAAGAGGAUGUUUUGUUGGAAGAAGCAGGGCUCCUCAAGUCUGCCAACUUUGUAACUCGGUUUAUUGAGCUUGCGACUAUUCCUCGAAACCGCCGUGCUGCUCAGGCGUCUGGUAUUGUGAUGAUUGCUCAACAAAUGUGUGGCAUUAAUAUUAUUUCCUUUUACUCUUCAACGAUCUUCUCUCAGGCCGGUGCUAGCAAUGUCGGUGCUCUUCUUGCCUCUUGGGGAUUCGGCCUUAUCAACUUCUUGUUCGCAUUUCCAGCUAUCAAGACGAUUGAUACGUUCGGUCGGCGGGGUCUUUUGCUGUUCACCUUUCCCAACAUGUGCUGGACCUUGCUAGUUGCUGGUUUUUGUUUCUGGAUCCCCAAAGAGAGCGAUGCUCAUUUGGCCUUGAUUGCCCUGUUCAUCUACUUUUUCGCCAUGUUUUACUCUGCUGGCGAAGGCCCUGUCCCUUUUACCUAUUCUGCCGAGGUUUUCCCUCUAUCUCACCGCGAGGUCGGCAUGGCAUGGGCUGUUGCAACCAACAACUUCUGGUCUUCGAUUCUCUCCCUGACUUUUCCUUACAUUCUCGACGCGUUCAGACCCCAGGGCGCAUUCGGUUUUUACGCAGCUUUGAAUCUUGUCGCAUUUGUCUUGAUUUUCUUGUUUGUGCCCGAGACCAAGCAGCGUUCGCUCGAAGAGCUGGAUUAUGUGUUUGCCAUGACCACCCGCCGCCACGCCGGUUACCAGUUGUUUGAGGUACUUCCCUGGUGGGUUAAGCGAUACAUUUUUGGACUCAAGCACGGCGAGUGUCCGGAGCUCUACAAGACUGAGUCGAGCCUUGCUAUGCGCGAUUUUUCGGCUGGCAGAGAGCGUGUAAUAACACACCCGAUCCUUCUCCAAAACGCGCAAAAAGAAAACCUCGACGCGCUCACAGCACGCACAUACCUUGGUUCCGCACUAUCCCAAUUUUUGGGCGUGCUGGGCACGGCGAUUGCACUCGACAUACUCAAAAUAGAGACUACGUCGUCGUCGUCGUCACGGUCUCGCCAGUUUUUGUGGAUUCGUGUUCCGCGCGACGACGCGGCUGGUGUGGUUGCGGCGUUGAGUUCGUGGGUUGGGCAGACUAGUACUGCUACUGAGGAAUCGGUUGCGUGGAGGGUUUGUGCAAAAGGCAAUUUUUUGGGGGCGGUUGUGCAUGGAUCUGGGGGGGGUGUUUUUGAUGGGUAG